AUGGGCCUUCAGGGAGUCGAAAACGUCAAGGUGGAUUUCGUAAACGAUGUCAGCCAUGAAGAGAAGAUUGCUUUCUCCACCGUCAUGAUGUGGGAGGCCAUGAGCAAGUCUCCAGACACCAUUAUGCAAGGCCAGACCCUGACUGCAUCUGCUGUUGCGGGGAUCAGCCAGCAAGAUACCAAGCCAUUCAAGCAUGGCUACGGCGCAAUCAGCUCCGGUCCCAGUCCAGAAAAGACCAACCCGCCGGCCAUGGUAGCCAUGCCAGCCAACCUGUCCAAGCUCCCCGAGAAUCCAUCCACUAUGCCUGCCAUGCCUCCAGGCAUGGCAGUGACCUCGAAUCCAAUUCCUGCCCUUCCACCGGGCAUCAAGUUGCCGUGA